AGAGAAUUUAAGCAGCAGGAUCCAUAAACACUUUGCACGUAUUGCCUUGUCUCACAUCCCGACGUGGAAAUGAGAGGGACGCUGCUUUGCCUUGUAGCCCAGCUGCUCUGUGAUCUGUCCUUCGCUGGGCCUGCUGGAAAACAGUUUGCUAUAUCCUUCAUGCAGAAUUACUUGGAAAAAAGACAUAAGUCUAAUCGAUUUGUGGUUGAGGUUUUUAAUCCAUCUGCUGAAUCGAGUGCCACCGUGGCAGUAACUGCCCUGGGAAAAGUCUACAAGAAAACGGUUCAGCCUGGACAAGGAGAAUCCUUUCAGCUGCCUGAUGAGGUGGAGAUGAUUGGAAGUGCAAAAAACCAACAGACAGUACUGGUGGAGUCCGACCAAGACAUUUUGGUGUCUUCUCUCAACUAUAAGAUCUUCUCAACAGGUUUUUCAGUGAUCUACCCUGUCAAUGAAUGGGGCACUGAAUACUAUGUUUUUACCCCAAAGAGUCCAAAGUCCCGUAAAAUAAUCCCCAAUGCCUACAAAGAGUUCUCCAUCACCAACUAUAAGGACAACAAUUCAGUUGAGAUCGACUUGACUUCCAGCGUGAAAUUCCAGGGACAAGAUUACCCCAAAGGAAGCAAACUCAUCAUUAAUUUAGAGCCCUUUGAGAGUGUACAGAUCCAAACUCAAGAAGACAAUGAGCAAAGACUAUACAAUCCCAGCAUAGGAGACCUGUCAGGCUCCAAGGUUACUGCUAAACACCCAGUAGCAGUCUUUACUGGCCACAGCUGCACCUGGUUGUUUGCUGGAUCUGACCAUGUUUACGAGCAACUUAUUCCCGUCAGUAGCUGGGGGAAAGAAUUCAUUGUUGUACCCAUUGCUUACCAAAAACCUGUUGGCAAAUAUGACAGCAUCUACGUUCAAGCCUCUCAGAAUACUCUCGUCAACGUUAAGAGUCAGGAUGAGACGACCUCACAAAAAGAAAUGAAGACUGGAGAGACAUACGAGAUACAUAUAAAAUGGCCAGAUUGUCUGCACAUCACAGCUGAUGAAGGGAUUCAAGUGCUUUAUGAGUUUAAUGGAGGAAUUACUGAAAAAGGAAUUCUCAAUGACCCUUUCUUGAUGAACAUCCUACCAAUUGACCAAUUCGACACCUCCUACACACUGGCCACACAAAAUGAUUUUACAAACAAAGCAGUUGUAAUAACACGCACUAAAGACCUUGCUGGACUGAAAAUAGCUAAAUCUCUAACAUCAACAGAUCCUCAGUGGUAUAAAACUGGUGGAGGUGAAUACUCAUGGACACAGAUCACUGUUGGUGACAGUUUAAGCUUUCAACAGUUAACCCAAACAGACUCGCCAUUUGCCUUCUACAGCUUUGGUGUGGCCAGAGUCAAUGGUUAUGGGACUUCAGCUUUUGGGCAUGUAAGAGAACAUCACAGCUGCAGAAGCAUUACAUGUCCAGAAGGUGAAAGGUGUGAAGUUGUGGACUACGAGCCCAAAUGUUUCAAAGUGGAUUCUUUUGAAACUGACUUUCCAUAUUUUUCCUCUCCUGAAACUGUACCAGUAACAUUUCCUUCCGAAAAUCCAAAGACUAAUCCUCCUGAUACUACAACCACCACUACAACUACCACCAUCACCACCACCACUACAACUCCCACUACCCCUACAACUACCACCCCCGCUACUACUACUCCUACUACUACCACUACCCCUACAACUACCACUCCCACUACUACUACUCCUACUACUACCACUACCCCUACAACUACCACUCCCACUACUACUACUCCUACUACUACCCCCACAACUACUACUCCCACUACUACUACUCCUACUACUACCACUACAUCUACCACUACCACUCCCACUACUACUACACCUACUACUACCCCUACAACUACCACUCCCACUACUACUACCCCCACUACUACCACUACCACUAUCACACCUGUCUCUGGAGCAGUAGGCACCUGCUGGGUCAUGGGAGACCCACACUACCGCACCUUUGACGGCAAUUACUACAACUUUAUGGGCAACUGCACAUACAUUAUGGCUAAGAACUGCCAACCAGACACUGACCACCCAGCUUUUGAAGUAUGGACCAAGAAUGAACAUACUGGGAGCACAAAAUCUACCUCUGUGGAGAUGGUUGUGAUUACAGUCUAUGGUUUAACCAUCACCAUUGUCCGUCAUCAGACUGGGCUUGUUAUAAUUAAUGAUUCACAUUGGAACCUUCCAAUUUACUUGGACAAUAACAGAGUGAAUCUCUGGCAAAGUGGCCUCUCAGUUGUUAUGGAGACAGACUUUGGGCUGUCAGUGCAGUAUGAUUGGGAGCAAUAUCUGGUGAUAAAAGUACCAGGCAACUUUAUGAAAAGGAUGUGUGGCAUGUGUGGGAACUUCAAUGGGAAGAAGAAUGAUGACCUCACUACUCCCACAGGCUCCUUGGCAGGCAGUAUUCCAGCACUGGGAAAGAGCUGGAGGGUCCCAGGUUUAGCCAGGAAUGCCUAUUGCACUGAUAAUUGUAUAGGGCAAUGUGAGAGCUGUAAGGGAGAACCAUGGUACGAUCUCUUAGAAGCAAAGACUUUCUGUGGCUUUAUUGCAAUUCUCUCUCAUGGUCCACUCCGCCACUGCAAUACACUUAUUGAUACCAGUGUAUUUUAUGAAAACUGCUUGCUGGACUAUUGUAUGGGAAAAGGAUACAAGAAUUUUCUCUGCAGAACGGCACAGACUUAUACAGACACCUGUCAGCGUGCUGGCGUAAAAGUCUACAACUGGAGGAAGCUCUUCGACUGUCCAAACCCACAGUGUACUACAAACAGUCACUUUGAAUCCUGUGGAAGUCCAUGUCCUGCCACCUGUGAGAACCCUACAGCACCUGCAACAUGCAAAGCUGACUACUGUGUACAAACUUGUUCCUGUAAUGAGGGAUAUAUCCGUAGUGGCAACAGGUGUGUCCCUAAGUCUCAGUGUGGCUGUGUGUACAGUACUGGUGGAGAGAAACGCUACCUAGAGGCGAACGAGACCUUUUGGGCUGAUGAUACAUGCCAAAAGCUGUGCACCUGCAAUCCACUCACCAAAAACGUAGACUGUAAAGCAACCAAUUGUCCAUCUGGACAAGAGUGCAAAGUUGUCAAGAACAUUAGAAACUGCUAUCCGAUAUCCAAGGCGAUCUGCAACAUCUAUGGCGACCCUCACUACAACACAUUUGACAACGCCACUUAUGACUUCCAAGGUACCUGCACCUACACCGCUGCUCAAGGUUGCCAUCUGGAAGGAACACAACUCACUCCAUUUGAAGUUGUAGUGGAGAAUGAGAAAUGGGAUAAGAUCCAGAUGAGUCCAAAUGUAUCUAUGGCUAAGGUGGUCAUUGUGGAGGUUUAUGGCAUGAUUUUAGUGCUGCGAAGUAAUCAGCUACAUCAGAUAAUGAUUAAUGGUGUUUUGACUAACAUCCCUGUGAGUCUGGACGAUGGAAAAGUGACAGUCCAACAGGAGGGCUAUCAAAACGUUAUCACUACAGACUUUGGCCUGAGAGUUGCUUAUGGUAUGAUUUAUCAUGUUAGUAUCACAGUCCCCAGCAGCUACCAUGGGAAGACCUGUGGACUGUGUGGAAACUUUAACGGCAAUAAGAGUGAUGAGUACUUGCUGCCUGAUGGUAUAGAAACCAAAGACAUUAAAACAUUUGGAGCUGCGUGGAAAUUGGCUGUUCCUGGUGUUGUGUGUGACGAUGGCUGUUCUGGAGACUUCUGUCCAAAAUGCCCUGCAGACAAGAAAGCUGUCUUUGAAAAGGACUGCAGCAUCAUUACCAACCCUGAAGGACCAUUUUCUGCUUGUCACAGUGUAAUUAACCCUGAGUCCUACUUCAGAGAUUGUGUCUACGAUGUCUGUAUGGGUGAUGGAGAUAAGAACAUGCUCUGCCACAGCAUUGCUGCUUACAUGAUUGACUGUCAUGACUUUGGAGUUACCGUUAAAAAUUGGAGAACGUCAACGUUUUGCCCGCUGAACUGCCCUGCCAACAGUCACUAUGAAGUCUGCACUCAGUCAUGUAGCGCACCCUGUCCUGGCCUCACUGAAAUCAUCAACUGUGAUGUUCAGAUCUGUGCUGAAGGCUGUAUGUGCAACUCUGGAUUCUUCACCAAUGGUACAGGCUGUGUUAAAGCAGAUCAGUGUAGCUGUUAUGAGAAUGGACACACCUACAAGAUUGGUGAAUCCAUCAUCACUGAUGACUGUCAAGUACAAUUGACUUGUCUUCCUUCUGGUGAAGUUAAGCAUGAGAGCAUGAGUUGUAAGAGUGAUGAAACUUGCAUGGUUAAGAAUGGUGUUCAAGGAUGUUACCCAAAACAAUGUGUGUUGGAGGCUGGAGGCUUUUUCACCUUCUUCGAUGGGGAAACUUGGACUUUCACAUCUUUGGGAGCCUUUGAAUUGGUGAAAGUAUGUGAUGAAGCCCUUGUGCUUGAGUGGUUCCGUGUGGUGGUGCAGGUGCAAGCCUGUGGGCAAACAGGUCUGAAUGAAAUUGCUGCUUUGCACGUGUUCUUUGAAGAUAUGCUUGUGACCGUCACUGCAGAGCAGGAUAUUUGGCUCAAUGGUAAAAAGGUUGGUGUUGUGGAAAGAAAUGGUAUUUCAGUGAUGGCUCAAGAGGGAAUUGUUAUCAUUAACAAGGGAUCUGAACUCCAAGUGUCCUACAGUUUGUCAGAGGAGAUAAUAGUGACUGUGAGUGAAGCAAUGACUGGGAAACUUUGUGGUGCUUGUGGAAAUCUCCCUGGAAAAGAGCCCUUCUAUGUUAACAGUAAAAACAUAAACACUUACAUGAAUGGAUAUAGAGCGCCAGACUUUCCCCAGUGUUCCAUCUGACAGCCACUGUAGAGACAGUGGUUCUCACUGCACGUCUGCAGUGCAUCAGCCCCGAGUCCUUCAUAUCAGUGAUUUGCAGUACUGCUAAGAAUAAUAUCAAUACUAACUGAAAAAAACUUUUGCAGUGCAUGA